UUCAACACAUCCUGCUGUCAAGGAUGUAGUGUGUCUGUGUGUGCUUGAAUGUUGCCGUUAUGAUCGUUGAUCUUUCCCUGUCUCAACAUGCCUGCAGCGAUGCAUCUCAUUGUACUGGUGUCCCUGUUUGCGGUGACAGCCUUUAGAGUCAACACCACCUCCUCUGCAGCUCAACCACCAGCUUCAGCCACAAAUGCUGAACACCACACUAAUCUGACUGUGAGAACAAAAAAUGAUGUCAUUUCAUCUACUGUGAAAACCACCAACACAUCACAGCAAACUACCCUACACCAGAUAAGCACAACAGUCACUUCAGAAAAAAUGUCAUCAUCACCACCACUAUCCUCGACGUCCCCACAAACACCCAACAAGACAAAGGAAACCAACCCCAGCCGUCGUCCUGAGACUACAAUGACCAACAAGACGUUGAACGAGACAGUUUCCCCGAGAUCAACACCCCCACAGGCAUCAGGAUCACCAAACGUCACUGCAACCACCACCGUGAACACAACAAGUCCAGCUCUUUCACAUGACCAAGGAAAAGGUGACUUGGCAGCAAAUCCCGGCCUUGUGGCCAUCAUCUGCAUCUUUUGUAUUAUCCUUGUCCUCGUGCUGGUGGUGGCCGCCGUGAAAUGUGUCCGAUCAUCAAGAUCCAACUUUGAGAGGCUUGACGAUGUACCGAUGGGCAAAGUCAAUGAACACUCUCCUUUCGCCCAGUACACAAAAUGACAGAGGAGUCUUCAUCAGACACCAAAGUCCAGGAGGAGUCAGGUCUGCUGUAGGAGCCUGAUGUUUCUGAGCACAAAAAAACCCAAAUGUCUUCCACACAAGCAAUGACUCCAGCUUUAGGUGCACAAGAAAAAGACAUAUUUUAUUGUUUUCUCUCAGGCUCUUAUUUCUUUACAAAGCACUUUUGUCAGUGACAAUGAAAUAUUUCUGCCUCAGCUUUGACCUUUGACCUGUUAAUCUGGCUGCUUGUAAUUCUGCUGAUUUUGGCUCUGAAGUUUAUUCCUCUGUAGUUUCUUCAGCCUAAAAGGUACAAAUGUAGAUAUAAUGUUCCCCAGACUGGUCCUAUAUGUCCUCGUAAGCACUUAAAAUUAAUAAUUGCACUCUUACAUGUAACGAGUGAUGUUAUAAGUACACUAUACAGUAUAUUUUAUGUUUCCAUAAAUAUUUUACGAUAUGCACACUUGCAGAUUUUUGUUGUCAAGGAAAAUGGAAGAUGUAUUUCCACCAUUGAAAGUGUAUGAAAAAGUAAUGCUAUCUGCGUGUGCAAAUGCCUUUUUGGGCAAUUCAAAUAAUUUGUAUCAUAUAAUUUACCGCCACAUAUGGCAUAUAAAUAAUGUCUUCUCUGGCCUGAGACCUCCACUGCAGAUUGUAGUUUAAGUCCUACAAACAGUCUGAGACAGAAAUAAACUGAUUGCUUGAAUUACAUUUGUACGUAAGUCCUUGGAGGCAAGUGAGGAAAAAAAAUCUAUUUUCUAAGUCAGCUCUGAAUUGUUUUCUCUCCUAUGUUUAUAACUAAAGAAGAGGUUGAAAAAAAGUUUUGCAAGGAUAAUCUUUCUAAAGUUCCUUAAUUGUUUUUUCAUCUGUGAUACUUUUAAAAAAUUGGCAAGUGAUUUUUGUCUUUUUAUCAAGAAAAACAGGAUGGCUUCCAUCCCCAGUCUCCUAGUUGACCCCCUCAUCCACCGCAAGCUGCUUGAUUGAUAUGUGGACUUCAUUGCUCAUUAUGCUACCUCACCUGACUUAUAUAUAUAUGUAUAUACACACUGUAAACCACUACCCUCAUAUAUAGAGGGUAGUGGUUUACAGCCUCUUGUGGCUGAAAUGAGUAUUACAACCAACAACAACCUUUUUUUUACCUGCCAAAACCUUUUUUCACGUGCUUUCCCAGAUGGAAAAAAUUAAGGAACCUUAGAAAGAUUAUCCAGGCAAAACAUUUUUUACUUGUUCUUUAGCCAUAAACACUCAUUAAUUCUAACCUCCAGUACAUACAGCUCUCCUUAUUGAUGACACAGACUUCUUCCAGUCAAGAAUAAAAUACUAUAACUAGUUUCAUCUUUCAUACUUUUUUUAAUCAGUAAGUUUUACAAAGUGUUUAUGCUCAGGGAUUGCCGUAAAUCCAUGCUUUUCACCCCAGCCUCUUCUGCGUGCAUUAUAGACUUGCUGUCAGACAGAUGUAAAGUACAUAAUUGUGAUGUUUUCAAUAAAAAAAAAAUGAAUAUUACCAAAACACACUUUUUAAAUUUAUUGUAUUUUGGUAUUCUGGUUGUUGCGAUCCCUGACUUAUAUUGAUGUCAUGAUCAGGAGAGCCACCCAGCAACCCCGCCUAACCUGCUGUCAGCCACACUCUAACAUGUCAAGUUUCCCCAGAUAGAUGACUCAGACUCCAGAGAUAAAGCAUGUUGGCUGCAGAGUUUGAUAGUGGGGAAUACCAAAAAAAGUCAGAGCCACUAAGGCGACUGUGUCUCUGUGGACAAACUGUAUGUGUGUCUGAAUCACUUUGUGGUCUUGGUGUCUUUAACUCACAACUAAGACACUUUGCCAGUAAAAGCAUAAGAGGGACAAGUCCAAAUCUGAGGUUCUUGCCCAAGUUGUUUACCUAAUAUCUGUAAAUCUGACUAACAUAUAUCUUAAUAACAUCUGUGAGCACGAAGGAAUCCUUAAGUCUUUUGAACUUUUUUGCAUCUUAGACGAUUGCAAACAUUAUUUUCACCUAAUAUAUGAAGACUGGCACCAGAUGUUUUUUUUUCAAAAUUAUUAUUUUCUCUUCUGCGAUCUUUUUUGUUGACCCACUUUCACUUGU